AGGCUGGCAGGGGGCCGAUGAUUCACAUGCUGUUGCCCGUCGCUCCUCAGAGGCUCGCAAAGCUGCAGAGAGCUGUCCUUAACAGGAUGUCCGGAUUUCGAAUUGUCAUUGAUGGGGUGCAAGACCCUGGGAACCAUGCGGCAGUGAUGCGAACGGCGGAGGCGUUGGGGCUGCUCGACCUGCAUGUCAUCCGCUAUGUGAGGGACAAGCCGCAAAGAAGGACCAGCCUCUCCAAGUCGAUCACGAAAGGCGGGGAGCAGUGGCUGAGGAUUCACUUCCACAACACCGCUGGAGACUGCCUGCAUCACCUCCGUCAAGAAGGUUUUUCCCAGAUCCUCGCUGCCAAGCCACGAAACCCUCAAACUGACACCGCGAGAAACCCUGUAGAGCUCAGUGAGGUUGACUUCGGCAAGAAGACAGCAUUGAUCAUAGGCAACGAGAAGAAUGGCGUCUCCUCGGAGAUGUCAGAGCUGUGCGAUGGCGAUUUCUGCAUUGACAUGCAUGGGCUGACGGAGAGUUUCAACGUCAGCGUUGCAGCGGGAAUCUGCAUUCACUGGGGGAGGAGGAAGCGGGAGCUGGCGCUGGGAGGAAAGAUGACAGACUUGGAGCCUCACGAGGCAGAUCGUCUUUUGUAUCAAUACGCUACUUUAAACCACUUGGGGGUGCGAGAGUUGAGAGUGAGAGAAGGAUUGUCAUUGGAGAGCUUCUCUGAGGAAGAACGGAGACUGAUGUGGACAACGGGAGGAGAGACGGCGGACGAAGACACGAAGAAAGCACAGGUUGCAUGCAGAAACGAAGAGUAGAGGCGUCAGUGAAACACAAAGUCAUUUUGC